CUUGUACGGUUGAUGCAGGUAAGAGCGAUUCUCUGACCGAGGGCUUUAAACACCGAAUGAGGGACAAUUGCUGACAGUCCGGACACCGAGGCCCCCAAUCCCGGGGCUGUUCUGCUCUCUUCCCUCUCUCUCAGCCCCACGAUCCGUACACAGGCCCGGGGGAGCUUCCGGCUGAUGAGGGAAUGGGAACCGAUGGAUCUCUCAGGCAGAACUGAGCUCCACCUGUCUGAAUGCAAAGUUUAAGAACUCGGAGAAAGGGAGCACAAUCUUUCACAUCACCGUUGUUCAACCUCCAAUCACAAACAAGAGAAAAUCCGGAGAUGCUGGAAAUCCAAGCAACGCCCUCAAAUUACUGGAGGAACUCAGCAUUAGUAUUCUUUUCCAUAGAUGCUGCCUGGCCUGAGUUCCUCCAGCAUUUUGUGUGUGUUGCUUGUUCUAUCCCCUCUUGUUCUGGACUUUUCUACCCGUGAGUGCAUUUUUGACCCAUUCUCUGGGGACAUAAUGAUAUCAAACAUCUUUGCCCUGGGCAACAAGUAGCUUUCACAUCACAAACGUGCCAGACUCCAGUGAGACAGACUACUGCUCUUCCCUUCAUAUUCAUUGACAAUUGGCACUGCCAUCACUGAGUUCACCACCGUCAGUCACCUGGGGGAGGGUUCAGGGAAACAUUUCUGUACAAUACAGAAACUGGUGUUACCUGUGUGUGUGGUGGCGAUUCAAAAGUUGCUGGAGAAUCUGCAAGUGGGAAGAAGUGGAGUGAUAUUUGGAAAUCUGACUUUUUAAAGAAUCAUUUAGCAAGAAAAUCACAUAUAUAUGGUAUGCAAAAGCUCUGGCGAAAAAAUCCUUCAUUACCCGCUACAGGCCUGUUACAUAGGUUGUUUGAGACUGCAGAUGAACUCGAUCAAACCCAGAGGAGAUCAAAGUGCUUAUUGACAGUGAUUUGCGUACUGUUAAAAUGAAUACCUCUCUAUAUAAAAUUCAGUAUGCACCUGUUGUUGUCACUGGGCAAAAAAUUGCACAGCACAAGAUUUUUGCAUACACUGGUCAUUGCAAAUCAGUGGCGGGCAGGCUGGGAGACCUCCAAUGUCCGACACCCUCACAUACAAGAUGUGCAUCCAGCUAUAGCUUGUAACCCUUCACCUUCAGGAGUUGGAGCUGGAAAUGGAUGCAUUCUGGAUCAUCCGGGAGUCUGAGAAGGUGGCAGAUGUGACAUGAAAAGAGGAGACAGACACAGAGACUAUAGAAGUGAGGCAAAGCAGCUGGACCCUGGACAGAUUACAGAGGUGGAGGUGCUUGCUGUCUGAAGGCAAAUUAGCGUGGAUAAAUCCCCUGGGCCUGACAAGUUGAUUCUUGGGACCCUGCGGAAGACAAGUGCAGAAAUUGUUGGAGCCCGAGCACCGAUAUUUAAAUCAUCCUCGGUGACAGCUGUGCAGACCAACCAAACGUGGGUAGGAGACAUUUACAUGGCGUUAAAACUGUGGCACUUCAAAUUGACAGUACAUAAAAGAAAAUCCCAGAUGCACAUUAACAAAGGCUAUUUGCGUGAGUGUUUCAGUUACUCUGGGGCCAUGCACCCAUGCUCCUUAGUGGGAACAGGGAAUAAUACCAAUGGAGAGUGUAAAACUGAGCCAGCUCACAGAUUAGAGAUGGCAGAAAUGCCCCAUUCUUAUAGGGACAGGAAGAGCAUCGGGGAAUUGAUGGUCAUGCCAGAUUACAGCACUAUGCCCAGUCAGAAGAUGAUUUCUCUGUCCAUCUUGGGUUGAACCCCACUCUAACAGUGUGAUAUCAGAUCACACCUUGGCAACUGAAGUGAUCUCAUCUGAAAUGUUGUCCUUCACCCAUGGAUGAAUUUUGUAAAUCUUUUUACAGGUUAAAAAAGAGAAGGAAUUUAUCUCCGGGAAUCUUGAACAUGGCAUGCCAGUUUUUCAGUUUGUGUCUAGAUAUUUAAGAAGUUGAUCAUCCUUCCUGCUCAGACUGUGGAGAGGGAUUCACUCAGUCAUUUCAACUGAAAGUACAUCAGUAAGUUCCCACUGCGACACGGCCAUUCACCUGUUCUGUGGGUGAGAAGGAUUUGGUCAGUUUCCCACCUGUGGACACAGCAGUCAGUUCACACUGGGCAGAGGCUGGUCAUCUGCUGAAUUUGUGGUGAAGGACUCACUCAGUCAUCUGACCUAAUGGCUCAGCAGCGAGUUCAAACCAGGGAGCGGCCGUUCACCUGCUCGGACUGUGGGAAGGGAUUCACUUGCUCAUCUAAACUGACAGUACAUCAGAGAGUUCACACUGGAGAGAGGCCAUUCACCUGCUCACACUGUGGGAAGGGAUUCACUCAGUCAUCCACCCUCAUGGCUCACCAGCGAGUUCAUACUGGGGAAAGGCCAUUCACUUGCUCAGACUGUGGCAAGGGAUUCACUCAGUCAUCUUACCUAAUGGCUCACCAGCGAGUUCACACCAGGGAGAGGCCGUUCGACUGCUCGGACUGUGGGAAGGGAUUCACUUGCUCAUAUGAACUGAAGGUACAUCAGCGAGUUCACACAGGAGAGAGGCCGUUCACCUGCUCAGUCUGUGGGAAGGGAUUCACUUUGUCAUCUCAGCUACUAAGACACCAGUCAGUUCACACCGGGGAGUGGCCCUUCACCUGCUCAGAAUGUGGGAAGGGAUUCACUCGGUCAUCUCAGCUAUUAGGACACCAGUCAGUUCAUACUGGGGAGAGGCAGUUCACCUGCUCAGUCUGUGGGAAGGGAUUUACUCAGUCAUCUUACCUACUGACACACCAGUCAGUUCACACAGGGAUAUGGCCAUUCACUUGCUCAGACUGUGGGAAGGGAUUCACUUCGUCAUCUAAACUGCAGGUACAUCAGCGAGUUCACACUGGAGAGAGACCAUUCACCUGCUCAAUCUGUGGGAAGGGAUUCACUCAAUUGUGUCAACUGAAGGUACAUCAGAGAGUUCACACAGGGGAGAGACCAUUCACCUGCUCAGACUGUGGGAAGGUAUUCACUUUAUCAUCUCAACUGAAGGUACAUCAGAGAGUUCACACUGGGGAGAGGCCGUUCACCUGCUCAGACUGCGGGAAGGGAUUCACUCGGUCAUCUCACCUACAAGCACACCAGUCAGUUCACACUAGAGAGAGGCCGUUCACCUGCUCAGACUGUGGGAAGGGAUUCACUUUGUCAUCUGAACUGAAGGUCCAUCAGAGUUCACACUGGGGAGAGGACAUGCACUUGCUCAGACUGUGGGAAGGGAUUCACACAGUUAGCUAGCCUACAAGCGCACCAGUCAGCUCACACUGGGGAGAGGCCGUUCAACUGCUCAGUGUGGGAAGGGAAUCACUCGGUCAUCUCAGCUACAGAGAUACCACCGAGUUCACACUGGAUUGUGGCUGAUCUCCUGCUCAGACUUUGGGAAGAGAUUCUUUCAGCCAAAUCAACUAAAUGUGCAUCAUUGAGUUCCAACUGUGAGAGGCCGUUUACCUGCUCUGAAUGUGUGAAGCGAUUCACUCAGUCAUCUAACCUUAUGUAACUCGCUUCAGCUAGCAGCUUAAUAUAGUGUGUGAUAGACCCCUCCCCCACAACCCGGCCAAGCUUAAGAAAUCUCGUUUGGGUGGAUGACGUGUGAUAUAUCCCCGUUACAAAUUAGUACCCCAAAGUUACAAACAGCACACAAUAUGUGAUUAAAUGAUUGAUGUUUAUAAUUGUUACUUUGACGAUAUUGUCAGUGAAGUAAACAAAAGAAAAGAAAAAGGGUCCAAAUGUUUUGAAUAUUGAUUUACAACCUCAUCCUAUUCCGGCAAUUUUUGGUUUACCAAUGAUAGAAGUGCACCAUUUAACCUCUUCAGCGCGUCAGAUGAUUGCAUUUCUCACAUAAAUAGCUAGAAGAUUGAUUUUGCUGAAUUGGAAGGAGAGUAAUCCUCCCACCACAUUUCAUUGGUUCUCUCUAACUAUGUUAUGUUUAAAAAAGUCAGAAGUGUUAUAUAUGAACCUUCUAUGAAAUUUGAUCAGACUUGGGGACCUUUUAUUCAACACUUUCAUAUGAUGUGAUUUGACCCCUUUCCAACCUAUUUUUUUGUGUUAAUAUAUGUAGGCAGGUUUGGAGCGGGUGACACUAAUGGUCCUGUUUUUUUUUCUGAUGCUAUAAAUAACCCAUGUUAUUUUCUUUUCUGUUAAGUUAGUAAUGGUUAGUUUAGUUUUUUUUUGGGGUAUAUGUUUUUUUGUUUUUUUCUUUGUUCAUCUUUUUGGAUAUAUUAAUCCUUUUUUGUGAACUGUACAUUUGUAUUUUGAAUAUUUUUGGGAGGUUUAUUACCUUUGUACGAACUGAAUAUAUUACCAUUUCUGUUAUCUAUUAACAAUUUAAUCCCAACAAUUGUGUAACAAUACUAUGUAUAUCCAUUAUUUUGAUAUUAAUCAAAAGAUUGAAAAAGAAAAGAAAGAAAGCUUAAUAUAGGGGUUGACAGAACCCCCCCCCCAACCCGGCCAAACUUAAGUAAUCUCGUUUGGGUGGAUACUGUGUGAUGUGUCCCCUGUUGCAAAUCAGUACCCCAAAAUUACAAGCAGUACACAAUAUGUGAUUAAGUGAUUGAGCUUUAUAAUUCCUCCUUUGACUAUAGGGUUAGUAAAGAAAACAAAAAAAAAACAGAAAAAGGACCCACUGUCUGCAUUUCUGUCUUCCUCUCUCUCCCCAGCAAAAGACCACAAAAAUAUCUCUUCAAGAUUCACAAGAAAGAACAUUUCUGUCAUUGAAUAGCCUCACAUUCCAAAACCCUGUUAUCUCUCAUCAUAACCUAAACAUUGCUGCUACAUAGAAACCAUUACCUCUGCAGUGGUAAAACAGUGCAGAGAGCCAUUACAUUAGCAGUGAAACCUUCCAGCAUGUUAUGCUUGUGACACACUACCGUGUUCACACCGGGGAGAAAGUUUCAGUAAGCUGCAUGCUGGAUAUUUGUCCAUCACCGUUGCCGAAUGUAAAUUUGAGAAUGACUGUCGGUGCUGAACUCUGCAAUAAUUGCUGCUCACCACACCCAGUUCUGCACCCUGGUCACUGGGUGGGAGGUGUUUCCUCUGCUGCAUAUUGAUCUUUAAUGGGACUGGAGUUUAAUAUUCUGGAUCUGAGACAAAUAAAUCAGUUUAUUUUAAACUUUGUCUUCGGUACUUAAGUGUAUUUAUAACACACCUAGUGUACAGUAGAAAGUCAACUCAGGCAGGCUGGACCCUGCCAGUGAUUCUGUUUCACGACAAGUCUUUUAAAUCCUUCCCUAUUCUCUUGCUCUCCCUGUGGCUAUUUGUUCCAAACAGUCACCAGUCUGGGUGAAAAGGUUUCCCCUGAAUUCUCUGUAGACUGAAGGAGUCGAGCUGACUGCAGUUCUGUCUGAUAUGUUCUUCGCCCCUCUAAUCACUGGGCUGAGGAAGAAUGACAUUGGUAGUUAACCUCCUUAUCCAGGGCUCAUUUCCAGUUUAUGAGUAAUUUUCCCUGCUCCCAAAGGAUUGUUAGAAAACACCACUGUCCUCUAAAGACUGAAAGCAGAAUGGGAAACCAUCAGUUGGUUGUUCAACGGAGCAGGGUCAGAAACCAAAGGUGGAUCUGCACAGGGCAGAGUUUGGGGCUCUGGAUGAUGGUUGGGGUAAGAACUUAUGAUGAUGAGAAGAGAAUCAGCAGUGGAGCGUGGCAAUGAAUGACAGUGUAGCAACGUUUGGAUGCUGAUUGACGGAAAAUAAUUUGCUUUUCUGCCAUGACAAAGAAUGCUUUUUUUGUGUUGGGAAUGGUCAUAACUAUUGACGGAGUUGUUCCUGCUUGUUUAUCCUGUAAUAUAUCCGGUUGGUUAUUAUCAAUUGUCCUAUUAGUAGUAAUGCUUAUCAUAUAAUUUCUAAGAUCUUGUCUCUAAAACUAGAUCAGGCUUGAAUUUAUGCUGCCUUUAUGAAGUUACGGUGAUCAUUCAUGAAUUUAUAUUUUAAAGCAAAAUUUUUGUGAAUGAUAUUUGCCACUAGAUUGUACCUUUAUAAGUAAUCAGAUUAAGUUAAAAUGCUGCAG